UUGAGUAAAAGCAAAGGCUGAAGUGGCCCUCAAAGUGGAAGCAGGUCCGGAACAGACCCAAGUUUGGUAGAUUUGCUGGCAAAAGGGAAAAUCAUUUCGCCAUUGAAAUGAGGUUCUGAUUCUCCCUACAAUUCACGCAACGAAGCUAAUUAUCGCCAUUGAUAAUUAAGCUUAUCUUUCACUCUAUCAGUAGUAAAAAUCUCGUAAAAAUCCCUCAGUCUCAAGCUAAGUCAAGGCUCAAGUCAGCUCUUUACUCCACUCGCUUAUCUUUCUUCUUCUCUGUCCCUUUCUCUUUAAUUUAGUGUCAGUUCACGGUAUUCACGUCGAACUCAAGUCUCAAAUCACGAGCUAGCUUUAAUUUCUUCCCAGAUCCUUUGGACUUGGAUCCAUUGUUGACACUAAAAUGCACUGAAUUACUUAGAGAUCCAAUUUUUAUGGAAUUUUUAGCUGGAAAUGGUUAUAUGAUUUGAGUGUGGGAAUAUGGGGUUGAAACUGAUGCGAAGGUCCAAUUCUCAGAAAUCUCAGCAGAGAUGGAAGAUAAAGGUGUUUGUUAUGAUUUUACUUGGAUUUUUCUUCGGGACAUUAGUAAUAAUGGAGACGCAAUACAGUAGAAUUAGAAUGUUAGCGUUGCUCUCUACACCUACAGUUCAAAAGCCCAAAAUUGCAUUUUUGUUUAUAGCUCGGAAUCGUCUGCCUUUGGACAUCGUUUGGGAUGCUUUCUUUCAGGGGGAUGAGGAAAACAAAUUUUCAAUAUUGGUUCACUCACGACCAGGGUUUCUAUUGAACAAAGUAACGACAAGAUCAGCAUAUUUCUUGAAUCGCCAAAUUAACGAUAGUAUACAGGUAGAUUGGGGAGAAGCAAGCAUGAUCCAGGCAGAGCGCAUUUUACUUCAGCAUGCAUUGAUGGAUCCUCUCAAUGAACGAUUUGUUUUUCUUUCAGACAGUUGCAUACCUUUGUACAACUUCAGCUAUACAUACGACUACAUAAUGUCUACGCCAAAUAGCUUUGUUGACAGCUUUGCUGAUACAAAAGAAGGCCGCUACAACCCCAAAAUGGAUCCACUUAUUCCUGUUCAAAGCUGGAGGAAAGGUUCUCAGUGGGCUGUUUUAAACAGAAAGCAUGCAGAUAUUGUAGUGAAGGAUGAAAGAUUAUUUCCUAUGUUUCAGUUGCAUUGCAAGAAAAAGCCGCUACCUGAGUUUUGGCGGGAUCAGUAUGUGCCUCCGGAUACAUCCAAAAUUCAUAAUUGUAUACCUGAUGAACACUAUGUCCAAACUCUGCUUGCUCACGGAGGACUUGAAGGUGAAAUUACACGGAGGACAUUGACUCACACUGCAUGGCUUAUUUUAUCCUCCAAGGAGCGUGAACGGAAAGGAUGGCAUCCUGUUACCUAUAAAUUAGCCGAUGCUACUCCCAUGCUAAUCCAAUCUAUCAAGGAUAUAGACAAUAUAUAUUAUGAGACAGAAUAUCGGAGAGAGUGGUGCACCAGCAAGGAAAAACCUGCCCCUUGCUUCCUAUUUGCGAGGAAAUUCACACGGCCUGCUGCUCUGAGGCUUCUCAAUAUGUCUGCGCUUGGACUUUACCACGAAGAAACGAGCAACAUUUGACAUCUACAAUACUGUACCAUCUAGCUAUUAGAAGAUAUACAAAGUUGACUACCUACAGAAAAUUGUAAUCUAGGUAAUAAAUGGGGAGGAUGUGUAAGUAGAAAGAGAAACUAAUGAAAUUUGUUAUGCCAGUUUGUAUAUUUGUAUUAUUUUCCCUUAGAACUCAAUAAUGUUUGGUCGUAUAUGUAUGUAGAGUGAGCUCAAUCCAUUAAAUAAUUAUUCUACUUUUGUUUCCACAUUGUAAAGCUAUAUUGCCGUGA